AUGCCGCCGCGAAGAGUCAGAGAGGAAUCUCCUCGCUCCUCAGGACCUGGAGCGUUGUCAUCUACAAAUUUGACUGAGAGCCUGCGCCAGCUCACCCAGUUGACUCAGACCAUAGGAGCUGCCGUACUCAAUGGGAAUAACAGUGGUUGUGAUGUGUCUAGGAAGAUCACGGGACGUAAUCCACCGUGUUACUUGGGUCAGGAGGACCCGGAAGUUCUCGAGAGUUGGAUCCGCAUGUUUGAUAAGCUGUUUGAUGUGGUAGGAUGCCUAGAGAAUCAGCGAGUAGAGGUUACUGUGUACUAUCUACAGGGAGAGGCCGAUCACUGGUGGAUCAUGGAGGGACCGACUGUUCGGGCAAGAGAAGGGUUUGACUGGGAGAUGUUCAAGAUGGUAUUGAGGGAGAGGUUCUACCCGGAGCAUGUCAAGGCUGCUAAGUAUGAGGAGUUCGUACAUCUCGAGCAGGGAAGCUCGACUGUUCCGGAGUAUCAUGCCCGCUUUGUGGCACUAGCUCGAUUCGCUCCUACCUUGGCACCUGAUGAGGCGAGUAGGGCUCGCAAGUUUAUCCGGGGUUUGCAUUAUGAUGCUCAGAAGUCUUUCUCAACGGUGAGAUUUGCUACUUUGACUGAAGCCUACGAUGCAGCUGCUGGGUACUCUAGGCUCCAACCGUUGCAGCGAGAUGCCACACAGGGAAUGAAGAAAAGGAAUGAGGGUGUGGAUUCGCAGUCGAACAAGGGGAACAGGUUCAAUCCGAUGAGCAGGUUUGACAAUCGAGGCGGGGAAAGGAGAAACAUGACUAUGAGAUAG